UUUGCUUGGUCUCGAAGCCAAGGAUGCUAUUGAUGAUCUCUAUAUCCCAACAAACACGCCCGGAAGCACGCACAAAGUUAGGGAUUACAACUAAUUAAUUAAUCAUGAUUCGGUGCUAUAUUAAAUCAGACCCCACAGCUAUAGUAGAUCCAUUGCUACGCACGAACAAAAUUAUAGUACGUUUCAUCGGAGAAGAAGGCGAAUCCAAGAGCUUAGGAUGAUUAAUCCCAUGGAGACGAGGUGCGCCGUCUGUCAUGGCGACAUGGGCCGCGGCCACGCCACCUUCACGGCCGAGUGCUCCCACAGCUUCCACCUCCGCUGCGUCCACCACCAGACCGCCUGCCCGCUCUGCUUCACGCCGUGGCGCGACGUGCCGGGCGUGGCGCCCGCCCGGGACCUGCUCUUCCGCGACGACGAGCCGCUCGAGCCGCAGCCCGCAGCUGCCGCCACGGAGACGACGACUGCCGGCGGCGGAGUGAUGUCCAUCACGACGCACUGCGAAUACCCUGCCAUCGCCAAGGACGCCAGCCGCGACGGCUUCGCGGUGCUCGUGCACGCCAAGGCUCCCGCGCUGGCUCCGGCCGCGGCGAAGGCGGCGCGCGCGCCCCUUGAUCUCGUGAUGGUGCUCGACGUCAGCGGGAGCAUGGGCGGCCGCAAGCUGGCGCUGCUUAAGCAGGCCGUGGGCUUCGUCGUCGACAAGCUCGGCCCCCACGACCGCCUCAGCCUCGUGUCCUUCUCGUGCGACGCCCGCCGCCUCACCCGCCUCACGCGCAUGUCCGACGCCGGGCGGGCCUCGACCGAGCGCACCGUGGAGUCCCUGGCCGCGGGUGGCGGGACCAACAUCAAGGAGGGCCUUCGCGAGGCGGCCAAGGUGAUCGACGGCCGCCGCUACAGGAACGCCGUCACCGGCGUCAUCCUGCUCUCCGACGGCCAAGACAACUACACGCUGUCUUCAAGGUUUUACAAUCAAGACGUGGCCACCGACUACAGCGUGCUCGUGCCACCUUCCCUGAUCCGCACGGGCGACGGGUCCUCGCCGCCGAUCCACACGUUCGGCUUUGGGACCGACCACGACUCGGCGGCCAUGCACACCAUCGCGGAGGCCACCGGCGGCACGUUCGCCUUCAUCGAGAACGAGGCCGUCAUCCAGGACUCGUUCGCGCAGUGCAUCGGCGGGCUUCUCUCGGUCGCCGCGCAGGAGGCGCGCGUCGCCGUCGAGUGCGUCUGCCCCGGCGUUCGCGUUCGGUCCAUCAAGUCGGGGCGCUACAAGAGCCGCGUCGAUGCCGACGGGCGCGCCGCCGCGGUGGAAGUCGGGGAGCUAUACGCCGACGAGGAAAGGCGCUUCCUGCUGCUAGUGGACGUGCCGGCGGCCGGCGCCACGGACGACGUGACAUCGCUGAUGAAGGUGAGCUGCACAUACCGCGACGUGGCGACCGGGCAGUCGGUGGACGUGGCAGGCGAGGAUGUGGCGGUGAAGAGGCCGGUCGAGGCGCCGGAGGCAGAGCCGGACGUGGAGGUCGAGCGGGAGCGCCUCCGCGUGCAGGCCGCCGAGGACAUCGCGGCGGCGCGGGCGGCGGCCGAGCGCGGCGAGCACGCGGAGGCGUCGGAGAUGCUCAGCCGCCGGCGCAUGGCGCUGAGGCAGUCGCCGCUGGGCGCGAGCGGCGACGCCGGGUGCGCGGAGCUGGCGGCGGAGCUGGGCGAGCUGAGCGAGCGCGUGGGGGACCGGAGGGAGUACGACCUGUCGGGGCGCGCGUCGUUGCUGUGCGGCAUGAGCGCGCACUCGCAGCAGCGCACGUCGGUCAAAGUUGGGAGGGCGAGGUACGCGACUCCCGCCAUGCGUAAGAUGGUGGACCUGUCGGUGAAGACUCGUGAGCAGCAGCAGCAGCAGCACAACAGGCACAGGCACAGGCACAGCCAUCGCCGCCCUCGAGGACGACGAUGCCGCCGCCACCACCACCUUCGACGGCGACGCCGGCUCUCGCUAAGAACCUGGUGAGAAGGUACCACCGAUUUCUACGUCUCAAGUGAGCACGGGGCGAUCAACUGAACUUGCUACGAAAAUGCUCGCGCGCGAGCACAGGAAAUAAUUAAGACCUGAACUUGCACGGUCUUUUUAGAUUUUUUGUUUUGUUUCCUCUCUCUUUGCAUUCACCAAUCUUGUACGAGUAGGUUUCACAGUUUACACCCGCAAAAAAAAAGGUUUCACAGUUUGGUUCAAAAA